GACGCGAAAGAUGUCGACCGUCGGUGGAUUUGUGCCGUUGCCCAUCUCUUAUUCCUCAUCCGCGAUACACUACAUCUAUGCCCGUGCACAUGAAGGAUCUAAAAAGGCUACCAAACAACUUUGGCCUGUAGGCCGCACGCUGUUUCUGGCAAAUUUACCUCCAGAUGUCACAGAGCGAGAGCUCUCGCUAUUCUUCAAGCCUCAUGGAACGGUAGAGAGGUCGGCUUUCUCAGAGGAUGCCUUAGAGAAAGAGGCAUUAGAGGAAAGCGAUGUCGACAGUGAAAGUGAUGAAGAGGGAGACAUGGAGGCGGAAGGAGCGAGUGCAGAAGGAGAGGCUACCCAGCCGAAGAAACGACGGCGACUCAACAAACCCAAGCCUCCCCAGCCCCCUCAGGUCAUCCCGCUUCCUCUGAAACCCCUUCGGACCCUGCGGCACACAGGUCAAACAGCCCAUGUCGUCUUUCUCGACUCUUCCUCACUGGAACGCGCGCUCGUACCACCGACGAAGCCCCGACCCUGGCCGACGUCGGACGAACCGUCGGGAUUGGCUCAUUAUCUGACCUUGUAUGACUCUCUGCGGCCUCCACUCGAUGCUGUGCGUGCGUAUGCGGACUCGGCAAUGGAGCUGUACGAGUUCGAGGUGGCUAAAGCGAAGCAGAAAUCAAAAUACCGCAAGGGGGAAGCUAUCGUCGACGAGGAUGGGUUCACCCUUGUUACCAGGGGCGGAGCGUACGGUCAGACCGUGGGUGGCGGUGUUGCUGUGGCGAGUAAGAAGUUCCAGCGGACCGGCGAGACGAGCAGUAGGAAUCGAAAGAAGAAGGAGAGCAAGGAGAAGACUGAGUUUUAUGCGUUCCAGAAAGCUGAAAAGCAGCGGAAUGACUUGAUGAAACUCAAGCAGAACUGGGAAGAGACGAAAGCAAAGGUGGAGAAGCUGAAAGCGUCCCGGCGUUUCAAGCCUUACUAGGCUUCUUGUACGAGUGGUACUGGAAGCGUUGACGAUUCUUGCAAUGAAAGAUUCAACUCAUCUAAUCUGCCGAGCAUAAAUCGAUUUGGAUAUAUUCUAUGCGAGCGAAGCGACUCUGUGCAUGGUUCGAUACAUAUAGUAGAUGGUAUGGUGGUAGCCCGACAUCCAUGGACAGUGGACACAGGCCACUUUGGAAUGAUAUAUUAAUGCUAGAAUUGAGACCGAGUACUCAGUGCGCAUUGCCAGAAGCUAGAACCCAGGAAGUAGUAACCCUACAAACCGCC